UUGUCGUCUUGGUUUUUCAAAAUGGCGGUUUCAGCUGGGCCCAGAAUGACCCAGCUAAAAACAUCAAAAAUCUGGCUUAUUAUGCUUGCAUUAUGUAUUACAUCCAGCAAGACGCUAGCUAAACCUAUCACCAAUGGAAGGGUAUUAACGCCUGGUAUGGAUAUUAAAAGUAUGAUUAAAAGCAGCGAACUUUUACCGGCCGAUCAUGUCGAGGGCUCGAAACUCGAACGAGAUGGAGACAUAAACAAGGACUUCCAUCACGAAGCCUUCCUCGGCAAACUCAUCAAAGACGGCACGCUUACAUUCGAGAAUAAAAUGGGCUACAAAAAGUUGAUAGAGAUCUUUCAUCAAGUUGAUUACGACAAGGAUCAUUUAGUCAGCAAAGACGAGCUAAGUUACUGGAUUCACGAAAGAAUUCUUGAGCAUGUCGAAGAAGCUCGGUUAAGAAAUGAAGGUUUAUUCAAGUCGGCGGAUUUGAACAAAGACGGAUCGAUUACGUGGCUGGAAUACAGGACAAAGCUACUUGUGGGAGAUGGGAAUGCGACGGUUAGUCCUAAAGUGCUCCACGAGCAAGGCGAGGAUGGUGGACUGCCAGAUGAGUAUGGUCACUGGAAGAAGGCUGAUGUCAAUCAAGAUGGUAAAAUAGACGUGACAGAAUUCCUGUACUUUCAGCAUCCCGAGUACAACCCUGAGACCAUUAAAAAGAUGGCUGAAGAUAUGCUCGUGAAUUUUGACAGGAACGGUGAUAAGAUCAUGACAGGAGAUGAGUUCUUAGCCCUCCCCCCAGGGGAAGUUGACCCAGAUCAAGCAGCAGCAGAGAAGGAGUAUAAAGAAGACCGCAAGCGUGAGUUCAAGCUGAUGGAUAAGAAUGGCGACGGAGUCGUCAAGCUGGACGAGUUAGCGCUCUACCUGGACCCGCGAAACGAGCAACACGCGGCAAACGAGGCCUCUUACCUCAUCAGCGUGGCGGACAAGAACAAGGACGCCAAGUUAUCCGAGCUGGAAAUGCUCCAGAACUACCAGCUCUUCACGGGAAGUAGUCUAGCCAACUUUGCUGGCGUCUUACACGACGAAUUCUAAUAAUGAUUUUUUUUUAAAAGGCACAAAUGACAUUUGUAAGAUACAACAGUAUAUUGACACUGAUCACCAUAUGGCAAUUGAAGGGGACUUCUCGUGCCAUAUAGCACUAUUGAAAAGUUGUUGUUCCAAGCCUAAAAAAAAACUGAAGAGGACCUUAGCAGGGCAACCCCUCCCCGCUACACCCUGGGAGGAGCAAACUCAUCAGUUAGAUAAGAGAUGUAAAAGCUGUGACAUAAGCCGGCAGGAAAGGGGCUUAGAACCAUGAUAACUAAAUUGUGAUGCCAAAUGUCUGAUGGAGUGGUUUCCAUUAACCCGUGAAGUGAAACAAAGUGUGAAUGUCAUCGGGUAAUAGUUAGUAAAACACAAAAGAAAACAAUAGAAUCAGAUCACAAAUAAAGUGUAAUACGUAAAAUCAUUCUAAUAAAAUUCGAAUAAUUUUGCUUCCAUUGUGUACUGAAAAAAAUUAACAAAACGUCCCUCAAAUAAAAUAAUGAUAGUAAUCAUGUUCUCCUGAAUAAUUAAAAUAGAAUAUGUCUUAGACUAA